AAUUGUCUUUACUGGAAAAAAUGGCGACCAGUCUACUGCGGCUCCCGCUGCGGCUUUCCUCCAGAAACACGGGAAUACUGACCCGUAACACCGCUUCAAAGACAGCCAACAUAUCCCGGAGCACUCAGAGCAGGACUGCGGUGUCUACGGCGUCCGGAGCUAUCCUCCCGAAGCCGGAUAAAACGCCGUUUGGUCUCAUCCGCAUGACAGUAGUGGUGGUGCCUUUCCUUUAUGUGGGAACUCUUAUCAGCAAGAACUUCGCUGCCCUCUUGGAGGAGCAUGACAUCUUUGUCCCUGAGGAUGAUGACGAUGACGACUGAGCUGAAGGUGCUUUGCAUCGUUGACUGAAAGCCAUCCAGUCAGCACAGGGAAGAUGGGAUGGAUGGAGAACUUUGGCUUCCAAAUAAAUCACUCUACCUCCAUCGAUCUCCUCCCUCUGUGCUCUGAUAUUUAUGCUGUUUUUAUGAAAAUGAUUUAUCAGAAAUCCUAUAUCAUGUGAGGCUAACAAACUACAAGUUAUGCCUUCACUCUUGUUUGCAUGUUUGUCAAGAAAUAAACAUAUCAAGUGG